AUGUAGUAAAAUUCGCAAAACACAAAUGUUACAACAUAAAACCCAUCUACUAAUUUAACCCCUUAGCAAGCUAAUUAGCGAAUCAAUACUGAAAAUUAAAAAUAGUAAGUUGAAACAAAAUGGAAUAUUUAAUUAGACCAAAAUGAAAAAGAAUACAUAAUAGUGAUUGGGCAUAUGAAUUUUCCUACUUUACUAGAUUAUUCAAAAUUAAAUUUAGCUAAUAAGAAGAUAUAACACCUUAUUAUUUCAGACAUGUAUUUUUAAUUUCAAGAAAAGCAAAUUAAGAUAACAUUUAGCAAAGCGGGUUUGGGAGAUUUGAAUCCAUAUAAAGUGCUUUAUAAUAUUUAUGAAAAAAUAUAUUGUCACUUUGAAAAUAUAUAGAAAGGACGCUCUGAUUUUACUAAAAACCUAGAUAUUUAUCCAUAGGUUGUUCAUUAUUUGGGAACUCCAAUAUCUUUUGAGAUAUUUUUUAGAUUCAACUCUUAUAAAUAUGCCAACGAUAAUAAACUUAAAGAAGAAUGGAUAAGAGUAUCUAAUAUAUUGUCUUAUGAUAUUUACGAUGAAGUAAGACACGAUUAUGAAGGUAAUACUUAAGGUUAUGACAUAUAGUAGCAAACUCAUUCAGAAUCAGAUUUGGAUUCUUACAUGAAAUUCUAGCAUAUGUUUAAGAAAAAUUUGUUUUAUGGAUUAUUUAGUCAUUUUAAAUUAGAAUAGAUAUAUCAUGCUCUAGAAGUAUAAUAUGUGCCGUACUUCAUCAUAUAGAAAAUAUUUCUUUAGUUAGAGGAUUUUUAUAUGACACAAUAUUAACUUACUGUCUAAGAAAUUUAGCCACUACGAAAAAUGGUUGAUGAUAUCACAAUGUUUCCUUCUUUUUAAUGCAUAUUAUUUACUCCUCAUAAUACAUAGAAAAAGCAAAGAUCAAAUAAUGAUAAAUUUAUGGCUGAAAAAUUAGAAUCUAGAUCUUUUAUGCAAAUACGUUUUGAUCUAUGCCCUAAUUGUUAAAAAUUCAUAAAGGAGACUACUCGAAGGUGCCUAGACCUGAAAGAAGACUAUUUAAAAGCCCUGCAAAAUUUAUAAAGUACCGACCCCACUAAUGCUUAAAAAUAAAAAUUAUUAUAUGAUAAACUCUAAGAUAGUCUGUCAUAGCUUAAAGUUGCAUGUAAAAAUACAAACCUUCCACAUUAGUACUGGCUAAAAAUAUCUUUCUGCGAUUUGUUUUAUUAUUUUCACUAACAAUAGAGAGGGUAAGAUUUUGCUUACGGUAUAGAUAAACGCGGAUAAAUUUAAGAGUGCUUGCUUCGUUCUUUUGAUGUUUUUGAAAAAGUAUUUGCAAAAUAUAAAAAUUCAGAAGAGUAAUUGAGAUUUAAUCAUGAAAAAUAGUAAAUUUCAUUCUGCUAUAUAAAUCAAGUAGAAUUAGAGCUCUCUUUGCUUACUUUCUUAUCUCUUGUUUAUUAGCUGCACUUCAUCUAUUAGUAUUAUUACUUCUUUUCUUAAAGACUCACAAAUUAAUAAUAAGUGGAAAUUAAAUAUCAUGAAACAAACUUAAAGUAAGGGAAUAUAAUUAUGGUAAUUUCGUAACAAAAUAGCCCAUUUGAACUGUAGCUCUAUGUAGAAUAUGAGAAAUAGGGUCUUGUUGUAUUCAACACUCACAUAAGGAGUAUAGAAAAUAGAAAUUCUCAUUCAUAGACAUAUAUCUAAUUAUAAAGUUGGAUGUACAGAAUUUUUUGCAUGACUUCUUAUAUGAAAGCAGAAGUCGCCUACACUUUUUUAAAUAAAGGAAAUAGAUUAAUUUCUUGGUUACAAAGAGAUGAAAAUAAAUCAAGAAAAAUUAUCAGUCUCUAUCAAGAUCUUUUGUCUUUGAAUCUAUCGAUUUUUAACAUAGAUUUGACAAGCUAUGAUGAAGAAGAUUAAAAUAUGAAAGAUUAUGUUAGAAAUUCUAAUGCUUCAGAAGACAUGUUUAAAAAAUUAUUAGAAAUUAAUUUCGAUAUUGAUAAAAAAAAUCAGUUAGUUAUUUAUAAGGAAGGUUAAUAUGCUUUCUUUUUUUAUUAAACUGAUUCGAGCAACUAAAGAAUUUUAUAAAACAAAGAAUACAAUCCUAGCUUAAACAUUUUCAGUGACAGUGCUUAAUCAAUUCUGUAAUUCUUAAGAAGCGUAGUUUGA